CGCCCCUCUGGCUCUGCGACGUCUGCAUCUGUAAUGCACAGACUUUAUUGCGUGGCCUUGAGAGUUCGUCUGAAUUCGAAAACAAACAGUCUGUCUCGAAUUUAAAACUGAUUUGUUUCACUCAUCCAUUGAAUUAUAUUCUAAGCAUUAAAAUGGCUACUGGAGGUUCAAAUGAAGAUGACUAUUUAUCAACUUGUGGCAUAUGCUUCAUCAAGUAUGACCUUCUGAUGAAUCGGCCCAAAGUACUGCCUUGCUCUCACACAUACUGUUUCACCUGCAUUCAAGCUAUGAUUAGUUCUGGGAAUCCAUUGAAAUGUCCUAUGUGUCGAAAAACAGCAGUUGGAAUUGUUAAAGUUGAAUCCCUACCCAACAAUGUUCAUGCCGAACACAUUGUUCUUUUGAAUGAGAAGCUAGAGAAAGCUGAAGCUGAGGCCAAAUUAUCUUCAAAGUUACUGGAUGCAUAUUUCAAAUCCAACAAGUCUGAAUGCCAAGUGUUUGUCAUAACAGAUGAUCAUGAGCCAAAGGUUAUGUCUUUCAACGCCAGUAAGGACGCCGUCAACCAUUUUCAUCAUACUUCUGUGAAGAUACCGGAUACAGAAAAACCAGCUAAAUUGCGAAUUAUUUCUUGGGAACGUUUCAUGGUUAAUGACAUUGCUGGAUUUCCUCUGUUGAUGACAUCACUUGUUAAUAUCUUGAAAGCACAAAAUCCUGAUGUUGUGUUUCUCUACAACGUCGAGCCGGCCACUCUCGAUCGCCUUAAAAAGAGUCUUCCCAAUUUCAGAUUUAUUUAUGAAUUCAACGAUCAGAUGAGCGUAACCCUGUUGAACACUUCCGUGUCUUAUGAUUCCCACGAAGCCGUACAACUUCCCGUAGAGGACACUGGUGACUAUAACUUUCUUAUAGUUGAAGCACAUGUGGGAUCUCUGAAACUAAAAUUAAUCAACGCUGAGAUUGACAUGUACGCAAGUGACAUGUGGCGGGAGAAUUUUACGAAAUUGAUAUUGGACGAACUAGGAAAGGAUUCCGAUGCAACAGCGAACAUCAUUUUGGGAAUGGGGGGUUGCUGUGAUGAACAAAAUUGGCAUACCUACACACGAGACGUUGGACUACCUCAUCGCACCGUUGAUGUAUGGGAAGCGUGCAAAAAACCAAUAAUGUGUAACCUCAUCUGGCGCUAUGACAACAUGACUGAAACCGAUGUCUUAGAAUAUAAAAAUUUUAACGGUAAAAUGCACUAUUGCGACGAACAUCGUUUUUCACGCGUAUACUUACGUCCGGCCCAAACUGUUUUCGCCCAACCUAAAUUCUAUGGUGAAAUUGAGUUCUUAAACAUCACCCCAGCCUCUCACUCAGCGAUCUUAGUUGAUUUCGAUGUUUCAAGCACAUUUUGUCUAUCGUGAUUUAGGAUGACCCUGAAAAUCUAGAACUUUGAAUGGAUUUAUGUUGCGCCAAUUUCAGUUAAAAUAAACAACAUUCGUUGUUAUUCUUUUUUCAAA